AUGGCCGGCGAAAAGAGGUCGCAUCCUGAUGCGAACGAAACCCAAGCAGAAAGCGCGUCCGACUCUCACAAAUUUCAGCGCAUUGGACGGUCUACUUUCGAAGCGCCACGACCAACAGAGCCUGGCACCCACGCAGACACGUAUUAUCGUGACUUAUACAGCGGCACGCACGACUACGCUGCGUUGGGCAAGAAGCACAGAAAACUCGGCACGAAACUCAGCGGGAACACACUCGACUUCAAUGACCCGUAUGCCGUCAUCGCACUCAACAGCGCGCUGCUGAAGGAACAUUUCGGUUUCCAAGUCGACUUGCCAGCUGACCGAUUAUGCCCACCUAUCGCCCAGAGACACAACUACAUCCUGUGGCUCAAGGACCUACUCGAUAGCACUUCGUACGAGCAGCCAGACCAUCGCAGAGUUGUCGGUCUGGAUGUAGGGACUGAUAUCGACGAGAAGAGCAUUUCAUAUGCAAAACAGAACGUCAAACUCAAUAAUCUGCAAAGUUAUAUCAGUGUCGUCAGACGCAGCCCCGAAGAAAACUUGGUGAACCCCGAGGGACUCGGCGUGGAUCACCUGGAUUUUGUGAUGACCAACCCCCCAUUCUACACUUCCGAAGAAGAGGUCAAAGCAUGCGAACAGUCAAAGGCUACGGCCCAGGAGAAUCAUUUCGCCAUCGCCGCAAAUGAGCAAUUCACCGAAGGCGGAGAAGUCGCGUUCGUGGGCCGGAUCCUGAAGGAGUCUCUCGAGUUGAGGGAGCAGGUGCAGUGGUACACUAGCAUGUUUGGCAAGAAGGCCAGCCUCGACGCCAUCUUGGAGAAGCUUCACGAACACAAGAUCGACAACUUGGCGGUAACUGAGUUCAUCCAGGGCCCGAACUCGAAAACCAAGAGAUGGGCUGUUGCAUGGAGCUUUGCGGCGAUGAGGCCUUGCAACAAGGCUGCGAGAGGUCUGGCGGCCGCUCAAUGGAGGGGUAUGCUUCCUCCAAGCACCGAGACGGAGGUUAUUGAGUUUUCAUUGGAUAGGGGAGUUGGAGCUCUGGCGAACAAUCUGCAAGAGCUGGCGAAUUCUUUGGAGUUAAUAUCAUGGGAGUGGGAUCGGGAGAAGCUCGUUGGCAUCGGCAGAGCGCGAGAGGACGUGUGGAGCCGAGCAUGGAGAAGGAAGAAGAUGCGGGAAGAGAGGGAAGGAAAGAAGCCUGAGGAUAUCUCGACACCUGAGCAAUGCGCAUUCGGAUUUGAGCUUGCCCUCGAGGUCGGGGCGGGGAGGAUUAAGGUCAUCUGCCGGUGGAGAGAAGGGCACUCCAAGCCACUUUAUGACAGCUUUUGCGGCUUCGUAAAGACCAAACUGUCAAAAUCCGACUGA